UCGACUUUCCAAUCUCCGCGACCAACUGGAGAUGCAGGCGGCAAGAACAUGUGGAGAAUUACUAUAUGAAAGGAUCACUACUGGGAGAGGGAGGAUGCGGAUCAGUAUAUGCUGGAACUCGCAUCUCUGAUGGACUGCCAGUUGCCCUAAAAUAUGCGGCGAAAAUAGAAGGAGACCUGCUUCUACCUGGACAGGAAGUCAGAGCACCUCGGGAGGUGGGGCUAAUGGGGCUUGUGAAUGAGAACGCGGGUCAUCUUAACAUCCUGCGGCUCCACGAGUGGUUCGAUGCCCCAGACUGCUACGUUAUGGUGUUAGAGAGGCCUGACCCCUGUAAGGACCUGGCGGGUUUCUGCUACCACCAGAACAAAAUGAUGGAUGAACAGCAGGCCCGGGCAGUGAUAGAACAGCUGCUUCACGCCCUCCUGCACUGCCAGCACGCAGGAGUGUUCCAUCGGGAUACCCUGCGUGUCAUCCUCAUUGAUUUUGGGUGUGGAACUUCCUGGACGGACGCUCCUUACAGUUCCUUCGCAGGCACCCCUGAAUUCGCACCUCCAGAGUGGUUUGCGGAGGGACUGUACCAUGCUGGGCCCUGCACAGUGUGGUCCCUCGGGGUCACAGUGUUUGGCAUCGUUUGUGGAUACCUGCCAUUUAACCCGAACGAUGGCCAUGAGAGCAUGAGCAGAGUCCACUUUCCUACAGGGCUGUCCUCAGAAAUCAAGGACUUCAUGAGCAGGUGUUUGGCACCGGAGGUGAAUGAACGAGCGACGCUAGAAGAGCUCCAGCGUCACCCGUGGCUCCACCCCACCUGCUUAGAACAAGUCGGAUUCAGGAAGAGGAAGAGGGGGACGGAGGAAGAUGGAGAGCAGAAAAGGAGCUCCUCUGGCUCUCUCAUUCCUGCAAAGUGCCUCCGGAAAGGAGGAGAAGGCCAAGGCCAUGAAGGAAAGGGGCUGAGUGAACAUGGUCCCCAGGCCCCCGUACUCAGCCUUGGCCAUGAGCAGCGAGGAGCACGCUGCUCGCUUCGGAAGCUGGAGCCGACAGGGGAUGGCCAUCUAAGCCACGCCCAAAGCAGUGAACAGUUCCUAUCCGCCUGUUCCUCUUUGUGGUCGUAUUACAGCUGCCAAUUCUCAGAAAAGCCCCAGAAGGCUGGUGUGAAGAGGAAGAUGGGGUGUGAAGAGCAGGUAGUGGUGCAGGGAAAGAACCUGGGUCCCUGCAGCGGGGCCAGACCUGCAAAGUGCCCACGGGAAGAUCAAGAUGAAGAUCACCUGCUGAAACAGCCUGCUCCUGCCUGUGGGCGUAUUCUGGCUGUCAGUCCACAGAGCCUGGAACCCAGCUGUCCACUGUCCACCCAAGCAGCUGACCCAGCUGACCUCCAUCCCAUGCUGGACUACUCAGGGCAUGGGGCCCUAGUAUUUUCACUGGAUGGGCCAGAGGAUGCACUACUCUGCCUCGGUGAAGACCACCUCCAGGACCAUGAACCCAAUGUCCUCGUGGGGUGGAUAAUAUAAGGUUGAGGCAGACUGUGACGUAUCCACGUGUCGGUGCCAAACAGAAACUAAGCAGCUCAAGUCUCUUCAUCGCUGUUUAAUUUUCGGUUUGGCACCGACACGUGGAUGCGUCACAGUCUGCUUUAACCCCAUAUUAUCCUCCACCUUCCCAGCCUGCCUUAACCACACCCCCUUCCCAGGCAUCAUUGAACCCUGUUUUAGCCCCGCCCCCCAUCAGACGCAACUGACGCAGCAAGUGCCAAGGUGCAUGGUGUGCCCCCCUGCAGUCUGCAACCACAUACGCAGGUCACCAUGCUGCAGGAAAGCUCGUGGACCGCACGUUUGUAAGCCUUGUUGAAGUACAUAUUGUACAUUUUAAAUAUUCAUAAUAAUAAUCCAAGGGCAAUAAGAAGUAAAAUACAGCCUGGGGAAGUUCCAGGCACCAGACAUCCUGCAGUUUUGUUUCGUGCCCUUUGGUGACGCUCCCUCAGGAGAGAUUUGUUUCUGUGCUGCAGCCCCAUCAAGCCAGGGAGGCUGUGCAGGAAACUGGCCAGCGGCAGAAAGCCACAGUGCAGCCGGAGAAGAAGAAUAUGUACAUGGUUGGAUCAAUGUAGAAUGUGGUUGUUGUAAAACUGUAUAUGCAUAUCAGAGAGCUUGCUGCUUUGUUUUAGAAAAAGCACCGUACUAAUGUAUUGUGAAUUCUCUUCACGCGGCGUGUAUUAAAGAGUGGCUUAUCACUGUG